AAAAGUAACAGUUAAAACAGGAGCGACAUCAGUGUUCCAGCAACAUAGUUCUCUGAACUACUCACACCACAAUCAUGAACAUGGGCAAGAUCAUCUUCUACGAGGAGAGGAACUUCCAGGGUCGCUCCUAUGAGUGCAUGAGCGACUGCUCUGACAUGUCCUCCUACCUGAGCAGGUGCCACUCCUGCAGGGUGGAGAGCGGCUGCUUCAUGGUCUACGACCGCCCCAACUACAUGGGAAACCAGUACUUCAUGAGGAGGGGCGAGUACACAGACUACAUGAGCAUGAUGGGAAUGAGAGAAAGAAUCAGGUCAUGCCGUAUGAUCCCCAUGCACAGAGGCCAGUUCAGGAUGAGGAUCUACGAGAGGGAGAACUUAGGUGGUCAGAUGCAUGAGCUGAUGGACGACUGCGACAACAUCAUGGACCGUUAACGUAUGAACGACUGCAUGUCCUGAAACGUGAUGGACGGACACUGGCUGAUGUACGAGCAGCCCCACUACAGAGGCAGGAUGAUGUACCUGAGGCCCGGAGAGUACAGGAGCUUCAGGGACAUGGGCAUGAGCGGCAUGAGGUUCAUGAGCAUGAGGCGUAUCAUGGACAUGUAAAAACUACUGUGUAGAAUAUGUCUAAAUAAUAAAACUUUUUUGACAAAAUA